UAGUUUAAAGCUUUGCAUCGGAAGCAAAAAUGUCUCUAUUAGCGAUAAAAUACAAACGUGGACAUCUUGAGAUUCUAAACCAACUUCUCCUUCCUCACAAGUCAGUAUAUGAGGAGAUUAGAGGCGUAGAAGAUGGCUGGCAAGCGAUAAAAGCAAUGAAGGUUCGUGGAGCUCCUGCAAUUGCUUUGGUUGGUGCCUUGAGUCUUGCAGUAGAGAUUUUACCAAUGUCAUUUAGUUCCAAGGAAGAAGUGGAAAACUUUGUUGCAGAAAAGCUUCAGUAUCUUACCACAGCUCGACCAACAGCUGUAAAUAUUAUGGAAGCUGCAAAGCAUUUGACAUUAUUUGUCAAAGACUUGUCAUCAAAACUCAGUAAUACUGAAAGUAUCAAGAUAGAACUUAUCAAAGAAAUAGAAGGAAUGCUAGACAAAGAUUUAAGUGAUAACAAGGCUCUUGGAAGGCUUGGUGCAGAGCAUAUGUUACAACUGGUGGGGGCUGACAAGUUAAAGGUGCUCACACAUUGCAACACUGGUUCCCUAGCAACGUCAGGAUUUGGGACAGCAUUAGGAGUGAUAAGACAUUUGUCUGAACAAGACCAUAUUGACCAUGUGUUCUGCACUGAGACCAGACCUUAUAACCAAGGAUCAAGGCUUACAGCAUAUGAGUUGGUCUAUGAGAAUAUUCCUUCAACUUUAGUUGCAGAUUCAAUGGUGUCACUACUCAUGAAGACAAAAGGAGUACAUGCAGUUGUUGUUGGUGCUGACAGAGUGGUUUCCAAUGGAGAUACAGCCAAUAAGAUAGGGACAUAUCAGAUUGCUAUAGCUGCUAAACAUCAUGGAAUCCCAUUCUAUGUUGCUGUGCCCUCCACUAGCAUAGACCUGUCCUUAGAACAUGGCAGUGACAUUGUGAUUGAGGAGAGACCUGCAGAAGAACUUACUACUGUAGCAGGUGUUCGCAUUGCUGCUCCUGGCAUUGCUUGCUGGAAUCCAGCUUUUGAUGUGACUCCAGCAGAAUUGAUAACAGGGGGCAUUGUCACUGAACAUGGUGUGUUUAAACCAUCUGAACUAAAGAAGGCACUGGCAGGGAAAACUUAAGUUCGUUUCCUCAUGGAACAGUGACAGUGGUUUUUUGUCAUGCACAUAUAGGCAUUGUGUUUCAUAAAAAUAGUUACAUGUAGGUAGGCAAGAACAAAGUCAAACUUUUGGUAAAGGUUUUACUUUCAAUUAGGUUUUCCUUCAUUUAAGUUCUUAUUUGUGUGUACUGAUUUCAACUGUAUCUCUUUGCAGUCUUGGCAUUAGCUACAGUUCUAAAGAAAUUGGUAUUCAGUGGUUUCAUACUCAGUUGUCUCAUAUCCAAAGUAGUCAAAUUGUAUCAAGUUUGAGAGGGUUUGUACUUGAACUGCUUGUCAACUUGUCCCAAUAUACAUAUACAUUCAUUCACAAUACUGUCUAAAUACAAUUUUUAAAAAUUGAGGUUUUGAUAUUAUGAACAUUAGUUUGUAAUGUAAGUUCAUUUAGGAUGGAAAUUAAAUAUAUACUGCCUGUAUGUAUCUGGUGGAAAUACUGUUUGUGUCUUUCUUAUGACUCAUGGACCCUGCUUUUUCAGCCCUAGGCCUUAAUUUCACUGGUUGUAUAUCAAAAAUAGAAAAAUUUCAAAAGUUAUUCAACACAGUUGAUGUUGCUAUUUAAAAUAUUAAACUGACUUUACUUUAACACUUCAACCCUUAAGAGUGACCAGCAUCUAAUUUCUCCCUACAAUAUCACACCCAAACCAAACAUGCAGGUAAUGAGAAUAAAAGAAAUGGUCACCAACUAGAGAAGCUCUUAAUUAUGAAACAAAUUCUCCUCAUCAGCAUCUAAGGGAAUGUAUAGAUAUAUACAGGGAACAGUAUGGAGAAUAUGCAUACUGAUGUUAGGGUGGAAAAGGUUAAGAAUACCAAACAUGGAAACACUUCAUUAGCAUGAGUGCAAACAACUGAACUGAGUGGGUACAAAUCAACCAAGCUGGGUAUGAAACGACAGGUUACCCAGAAAUUUCAGUAAUGUUAUGCAUUGACCUUGCAUGGACACUCAGUCACUGUUUUUCUUUUAAUAUUAAACCCAACUCCAACCCAGAUGUUCAAACAACAUGAACAUGGUGAAUACUUUUGAACUUGAAAAAUGAACUUGGAAAAUGGAGAUCUUUCUGAUUUUUAUGUUUACAGCGUGUAGCGUGCAAAAGGUUUUGAAUAAUCAU